GAACGACCUGGAUGGGCAAAAUCUUUGCAGAAGUUCCGGGAAAAGCUUAUGAAGAAGGUUCCUGCGCAAGUUCAUGAAAUCCCGUGGUUGGACAUUGACGCGCUGGUGUCAGACCAGAAUGGAACUCGGAGGUUCCUUUGUGCAGCACCCCACUUUGCCAGGAUCAGGCAGGUGCUGGGAGAACUUUGGUUGAAUCGACUGCAGACAAUGCAGGUGCUGGGAGCGCUUUGGUUGAAUCGACUGCAGACCAUGCAGGUGCUGGGAGCGCUUUGGUUGAAUCGACUGCAGACAAUGCAGGUGCUGGGAGCACUUUGGUUGAAUCGACUGCAGACAAUGCAGGUGCUGGGAGCGCUUUGGUUGAAUCGACUGCAGACAAUGCAGGUGGACCUGCUACUCCAACAAAACAUGCCGGGUCUGCAGGACAAGAAGGUGGACCUGCUACUCCAACAAAACAUGCCGGGUCGUCCUGCAGGGACAAUUCAAUACAUUUCUUGGUUUAACUUCUUUGCCAUGCCGUUGAAGCAGAAGAGAAAGGCUGCAGGUAAGUCCAAGAAGAUCAAGAAGGUGGAUGACGACACCGCCUGUGCCGGCCCUGAGAGCAGCUGGUUUGAUGCUGCUGCCAACGCAGAGCAGUUACGCCAGUACUGCAACAGCUGGACUGGCCAACGAUUUUUGGAGAUCUUGGAUGUGUUCAGCUUCAAUGAAGGCAUGAGGCACAAGAUGGGCCCUUAUGGGCAGACCAAGAACUAUAAAGUGGCCGUGCUGAAGUGUGCAAUGGCCUUCCGGGAGUUCAAGCUGAUGAUAGAGCAGCCGAAGAACUCAGCCAUGUACAGUCUCCCGGAGCUCAAGGAGCUUGUUGAGUUGAGACUCAUGCAGCGCUACCUGACGUAUAUGGGACCACCACUGGUGGAUGACAAGCAGUCGCAAGAGCAGAAGGAACAGAAAGGUGCUGGGAGCACUUUGGUUGAAUCGACUGCAGACCAUGCAGGUGCUUUGAGCACUUUGGUUGAAUUGACUGCAAACAAUGCAGGUGAAACUGGUGGUAUGGUGGAAUCAAACGCAGAACCUGACGGAGGACCGCCCUUGGUGGAUGAAAAGCAGUCGCAAGUGCAGAAGGAAGAGCAAGGCCAGUGCCAGGUGCUGGGAGCGCUUUGGUUGAAUCGACUGCAGACAAUGCAGGUGGACCUGCUACUCCAACAAAACAUGCCGGGUCUGCAGGACAAGAAGGUGGACCUGCUACUCCAACAAAACAUGCCGGGUCUGCAGGACAAGAAGGUGCAACAUCCCAGUCAAAGUGAAUGUCAUUUCAUCAUGUUCCCAAGCAGAAUGACUCCAGAGAAGCGCGACAGACCACGACCACAAUCAUCGUGGGAAGCAUUGGAUGGACACAUGGCCCAGCAUGAUCGCAUGGUUGCAGGGCAUGAGAUGGUGCCAGUUAGUGUGACUGCGCCACAGACACCACAGAAGAAGCAUCGUGGUGAUGUUGAAUUGGGACCAGGUUCGGCAGCUCAGCAGAUGCAGCGUUGGGCCGAGUGCUUGAAGGUAAAUGGAACCUACCUUGAGUUCACAGACUUUUUCUUGGUGUGCGCAACACAUGGGCUGGGCUUAAAGCUGGUGUCAUUUGCAGAAGGCGCUAUGGAAGUCGUUGAUGCUUUCAAGUGGGUCGAGGAAUUGGUCCCCGGCUUCCAACUAUAUUCCAGAGUGGCACCUGAAGAACGAUACACUGCUGUGGCAGUAUUCUGCUGUGCAGACUACCGCAAAGCAGUGGAACAUGCCUCAUUGAACCAUUGGGUGCCUGCAUUGAUGAAAAAUGAAGUCGGCUUUGCACAAGCUCAGUUUGACCAGUGGGCUCUUGAUGCCAAGCAAGCCAUGGAAAAAGAGAUGAAGAAGCUGGAAGAGCAAGGCUUUCGAUGCAGAGAAGAUCCAGAUUUGAAAGCAUCCAUAGAGACCGAGAUGCUCCAUCUGAAGCAACGCACUGCAAACUUUCUUAGUAUGCAGCAGGAAAUGUUCGACGUGCAUUCUGUGAUCUGCCAAGAUGCGAGAUCUGAUGGAAAUUGUGCAGUCUACACCUUGCUGAGCAUGAUCAGUGAUGUCAAAACGUCUGUCCUAUCAGAGAAAGAUGUGGCAGCAUUCCGUCAGAACCUCAGCAGCAUGUGGAAGGCCCAUUCAGGAGAACCUAUGUGGCAACGUGUGUGGGAAGUGCUACGGCAACACUUGGGAUCCACAGAGGACUUGGCCAGUUACACUCCUGAGAGCAAGAAGCCGAAGCCGAAUCCUCCCUUUACGCCAGACAAGCCAGGCAACACACCUGACAGAAGUGGUGUGAUUGUGCCCGGGACUGCAAUGGAGGAAGCUCCAGACACCCCACCAGAAAAGAAACCGAAGAGGUCUGGCAAGCCAAAGCCUUUGGAAGACAGGAUCAACUUUCAGGUGUACUUCCAGCGCUGGUUAGCCGAGAAGGGUAUCACCUACAGGCGUUGUCAAGGCAUUUGUCCAUUUGGCACAUGGGCUGGCCUCUUCAAGCAAUUGGCUUCUUGGCUUCUUCAUUUUUUUGACAUUGCGAAAACCAACUUGAAACGUGGAUCUGGUCUGAUCCCAUACACACACACAGCUGCUGAGGGCGACGGCACUUGGGACGGCGGUUGCACCAGCUGCAAAGACUUGUUGGAGGAUAGAGGCGUGACCCAGGCAGUUUUGGCCGAAGAGGUGGCCCACUUGCACAAAAAGGUGAAGAUCGAUUUGGAAAAGUUUUCCCAGGUGAAUGAGCUGAAGGAGUUGAAGAAGAAGCGGAAGUCCCCGGCCGAAGUAGCAGCCUCCUCCAAGUCUGCCAAGACUGAUCCCGAGGUGAAGUCUGAGGUUAAGGAGGAGAUCUCAGAUGAUGAGCAAGGUGAUGUCGCUGUUGCUCGUGCUGUGGAUGCUGAAGAUGAUUGGGAAGAUGCAAAACUGGGGAAGGAAGAGCUGGCAAGGGGCAAGGAUGUGGGAACCCAGAAAGAGCCAAAGAUCAGAGGUUUGCAGGAGACAAUGCUCAACUCGUCAUGCUUGCGGGAUUUACGUGAAGCGUGGGAGGAGUUUGCAGCCUAUGCCGACUUGUCCAUGAGAAACAAUCCCUUAGCUGGAGAAAGCUGCAUGAAGAUUGAACGAAACCAUGCUGACAAUGAUUGGCUGAUCCAACAUUCAAAGUGCAGCCAAGAAGAUUCCGUUGUGCACCAAGGGGCAGAUGGAAAAGAAGUUUGUCAACGGUGCUUUGACAACGCCAGCGACCAGAGGUUCUUGAGCAGGAUCUCUGCACUCCUGAUUGACAUGGAUGCAGCACGAUUGCUUCAUUGGAGGUCCUUUGCAGCAGAAACAGUGGAGAAGCGGAUCGAGGUCAAACGGAGCUGGUGGGGAAGGAUGCGCAACGCCAUGACUCCAUCCAUGGAGCUGUUCUUCUCCACGGUGGUCAAGCCUUGUCUGGACAUUGAGCCAGGAGCUGCUCUCAAGGAGACCUACCUCAACAAACUGCUGGAUUAUCUUGCUUGUGAAGAGGGCACCGGGCAACGAGAUUUAGACUUGGUGCGUGACAUUUGCUCUGGAAAGCUGCAACGUCACCCUGCCCUUCAUGGUGUAAUGACAGCAUGCGCCUUGCGGUUGCAGGGGUUGGAGAAAGGAACGACUACCUUCCGAAAUGCCAAGCGAUCAGAGGAAGAGAAGGAACUCCUUCUAGAAGCAGGAGCAGAACUCGCAUCCAUUGGAGCGAACAAUCAGACCUUAGCAUUCUUUGGUUUGAAGUGGAUGCAGGAGAACAGGUACAGAGGCGCUGUGGAAAAGCUCAGGGCCUGGGGCUUGCCGAUGAUGGUAGCUCCUUCUGCUGAAACCAUUGAGGCCAACGACCACGUCAUCAGUACCAAGUUUGGACGACUGCCUACCUCAGCGCAGCGCCGUUUGGUUUGUGCCUUUGAUCGAACCUACAUUGAAACCUCAAUGCAGCUGUUUCGUGGGGACUGUGGUCCGUGUUUUGCUGGAGGUGCUCAUCGCCCAGACGGUUUCGCUGAAGCAGACGAAAGCCUCUUGCCCAUUAAGCGUGAGGAAGGUUCUGUGACCUUUGACACCAAGGGUGUCAAGCGUGCUUCAGAAAUGGAGUCAUAUUUGAUCUGGGAUUCCUCACAGAAAUCCAGCGUGAUCUAUGAGCUGGCUGCAUAUCCUUGUUUGGCUGCGGCCUGCCAGGAUGAGUGCUUCGAAAAGGUCAUGGUCAAAACCAAGCACAUCCGAGGUCAAAAGAUUCCCUUGCCGGAAGAGAUGCUUGAGAGGGCACCUUUUUGGAAAGACCUGAAGACCUCCGAGUUGCCCGUUUCUUGUAUUCCUCUUCCUUAUCGUUUGGUUUCCAUCGAUGGAUGCAACCUGCACUACAUACCAGGAGUUGCGCACCUUCAGAAGAACCUUGCUGAACAAGUUCGCUCAGUCCUUGCCAGCAUGCAUUUUGGCAAUUUGGUUUGCGAUCACUCGGCCUCGCUGGAGGGAGGCAUGUGGCCAGCAGCCUUUGUGGGCUUGGAUUCUAUGAGCGACAAGCAGGCUGCAUUGCUGUUCGAACCAAUCAACUACAUGGCCAACCCCAAAGCUGAGUUCUUGGAGAUUCCUUGGUGUUUGCAGGGUGCCUUUGUGUUCUCCCUCAUUGGAGCUCAUUGUGUGGCUGGAGUUCUGCACAAAAAUGUGAAUCGCGCAUGGCGGUUGGAAGUGGCCAUGACAGGCCUUUCCCUACUCAGCCUUGGACUGAUGAUGGCUUCUGACACUUCCAAGAAGCUGGGUGUCCCCUUGCGGUCUUGCUGGAUGGACAAAAGGACCUUUAGAGCCCUCCAGGAUUUGUGUGGGGCCAUCAUCUUGGCAGUUUGGGGAUGUGAAGUGAACACAAAUUGGCCGUGUCUCACAGAGAGAUCCCUGGAGAAGAGGUUUGGCAGGGUGCGGACAAUGUUCCCUACCUGUGUCAUGACAGCGGCCGACUACUGGAGGGGAUCCGCCACUGUCAUGCGUCGGGAGGAUUUGAAGAAUGGAGCCAAUCUUGGUGGCACGUCUGCUGUGCAAGAUCAAGAUCAUGAACGACUGACAGAGGCUCAAUUCACCAGUAUUGCUCAACGUGCCUUUCAGGCAGCCUUGAAGUUCUCUUGCCUUUGCAGUGGCCGGUCUAUGCAUGAUCUUGAAUCAUCUUUUGCUGCCACCAAAUCGGCAGCUUCAUGUGAGGCUGAGCUUCAAGCAGAGGAGAGUGAUGCCGAAGACCACGAAGGCUUGGGCUCGGGCAGAGAUGCUGCUGAUGUACUCAGUCACAUCAGAGAGACUCAGGCCUUUAUCAAGCGCUUUGAGGCCGAAGACAUGGAUCCAGAGGAGUUGAUUUCACAAGAGACUGAAGAUGCCUGCAUUGCUGCGGAGGAAACUUCCCGUGGCAAGAAUGUGUCCAAGGACAUUGCAAUUGCCACUGAGACAGUCUUGCAGGCGCCUCCAGAUUCAAAAGAAGAUCUCGAUGAUUUGGGCUUGGGCAGCUUUGCUCCUCGACAGCCUUGUCGCAAUACUUUGAGCGGAGCCUUGAAGAACCACGAGAGCUUUGCUGCAUGCCAAGAUGAUUGCUUGAGGCUUCUAUGCUACCUGCGAAUGGCGCCUCUGGGCUGCGACGGAGAUGUGGUGCCGCACCCAAUGCACACGAGGAAAUUGGUCAUGGCCACUCCCAAAAAGUGGCAUGACAUGGUGCGCCACCAAAUUGCUCAGAAUGAUGCUUUUGAACGUCUUCCUGCCCAAAGGAAGUCGCGGGUCACUGCUUGGGUUGAAGCCACAGAGAAGGCGAGGGUUGACUGCGCACCUUCUUUGCCCAGCACCCUCACCAUAUCAUCCGGAGACUUUGUGGCUGUGCAGUGGCAAGGACACUGGCAUGUGGCUAUGGUGCUCACUUUAUGGCGCCACUACAAGAAGGGCUCGGGAGCACAGCCAUGUCCCAGGCUUUGCGCCAAGGGCAGUCUGCACUCGGCACGUGUGGCCAUUAUGGAAAAGGAAUCGGACACAGUGUACAAUGCUAAUGCUCAAAGCCGCAUCCUUGUCUUGACUGUUGACAACCUUGCGGUUCGCCUUGAUUCAGAAAACAUGGAGAAGAAGCUGGCAGUGGAUGGAGUGAAGAUCAGUCUUGGCGAGGAUGCGCGCAAAGCCCUUGCCUACUUGGAGAAGGAGAUGCCAGUGACAGUGGUGCAGCCGGCAAGGAGAGGAGGAGGAAGGUGCAAAGGUCCCAAAUACAUCACACCGACCACCGACAAGUUUCGCCGCACAAAGGAGGGCGGCCGCCUGAUUUGCCAAGAAUUGCGACGGCUCCUUCAGGAGGAAGUACGCAUGUUCCCACACAAAGCUAUGAUCAACGCCAAUGGCGACACCGUGCGCUAUUCCAAGUGUGGGGAGGCAAAGGAGAUCGCAAUGGAGGCGAUGACGGUCUUGAAAGAUGAGGGCUCCACUCGAGAGCUCAACGGACUGAUUUGCCAGAUUGCUGAAGCCAACCUCGGAUCAAAUCCGGGCGAGGCUGAGGCAGCGCAGGUUGAAGAAUCU